AUGGCCACCACACAUCGAGGCUUCGACGAGCUAGCGAAGCUCACCGAUGGCCUGGCCCUCGAUGACAUGCGCGACCGGUACCCGAACUGCUUUCCCGACGUAAACCCUUUCGACGUCUAUCGUGCCCACCUAACGGGAAUUCUUGAGAAGAUCACUGGCGUUGAUCCCAAGAUCAUCUACAACGCCCUUCAAUGGACGUCGGGGCUGGAAAAGGGUGAUCUCAUCCUUGCGGCGCCUGCUUUGAGGGUCAAGGGCAAGAAACCUGACGAGCUCGUGAAGGAGUGGUCCGAGAAGUUUCCUGAAGACCCCCUAGUAUCCAAACCCAUCGUCACUGGCUACUUCAUGUCCUUCUUCUUCAAGACUGGACCUCUCACACAGGCAGUCAUUCCCAUGAUCCGACAACUGGGCAGGUCCUUCGGUAAUAAUAAAGCACUUGGGUUGAAAGAUUCCAAAGACCCCAGCAAGGGACAGAAGCGGAUCAUUGUCGAGUUCUCCUCCCCCAACAUUGCCAAGCCCUUCCAUGCCGGCCACUUGCGAAGUACCAUCAUUGGCGGCUUUAUUUCAAAUCUGUACGACGGCAUGGGAUGGGACGUCACUCGAAUCAACUAUCUAGGCGAUUGGGGAAAGCAGUACGGUCUUCUGGCAUUAGGCUUCGCGCGGUAUGGCGAUGAAGAGGCACUCCAAAAAGACCCAAUCAACCAUCUCUACGAGCUCUACGUCAAGAUCAACAAGGAGCUUACCGAGGAGAAGUUAACGAUUGAUACGGCGAAGAAGGAAGGUAAGGAUGUCACGGAGCUGGAGGCGACCAGCCUUGACGAACAGGCGCGAGGAUACUUCAAGAAGAUGGUCGACGGGGACGAAGCAGCGGUCGCCCAGUGGAGACGAUUCCGAGAUCUCAGUAUCGUGCGAUACAAGGAAACAUAUGCACGGCUAAACAUCCACUUUGACGAGUAUUCUGGAGAGAGUCAGGUGCCCGAGUCAGCAAUGGAGGCAGCGGCCAGGAAGAUGGCCGAGAUGGGUAUCUCUGAAGAGUCAGAGGGUGCAGUGAUUAUCGAUUUCCAGAAGCUUGUUCCUGGCAAGGAGGGCAAGCGUUUGGAGCGGCCGAUCGUACGGAAGAAGGACGGCACUGCGCUCUAUCUCACCCGAGACAUCAGUGAGCUGCUUGGACGCCAUGAAAAGUAUCACUUCGACCAUAUGAUCUACGUUGUUGCCUCCCAGCAAGACUUGCAUCUGAAGCAGCUGUUCAAGAUUGUGGAGCUCAUGGGGUACAAGGACAUCGCGGCGAAGUGUCAACACAUCAACUUUGGUCUAGUUCUAGGAAUGAGCACACGAAAAGGCACAGUCAAGUUUUUGGACGACAUUCUUCGAGAUGUAGGUGACAAGAUGCACGAGGUCAUGCGGAAGAACGAGGACAAGUAUGCGCAGGUCGAGAACCCAGAUGCUGUCGCAGAUACCCUUGGCAUCAGCAGUGUCAUGGUUCAGGAUAUGACUGGCAAGAGGGUCAACAACUACACGUUCAACAUGGAGACUAUGACGUCUUUCGAGGGCGAUACUGGCCCGUACCUGCAGUAUGCGCACGCUCGUGUCUGCUCUAUCGAGCGCAGGGCAGCCAUCCCGGUCGAGGAACUCGCGGCGGCGGACCUGUCAUUACUGACAGAGACACAUGCGAUCAAUAUCGUCAGGAUGCUGUCCCAAUGGCCAGACGUAGUGAACAACACUCUCAAGACUCUUGAGCCCACCACGGUCUUGACAUAUCUCUUCAAGAUGACACACGCAUUGAGCGCAAGUUACGACCAUCUCAAGAUUGUCGGUAGCGAGAAAGAGCUCCAGAAGGCCCGUAUGGCGCUUUAUGAUGCGGCUAGGAUAGUACUAGCAAACGGCAUGAGGCUACUAGGCUUGACCCCUGUCGAGAGGAUGUGA